GGGUGACGGGUGCGCAGCGGCAACUGCGGGGUCGCAGCGAUUUGUCUUAAGGGUGGAGGAGCACCCGGUUGUAGGCUGGCGCCCGGUGACGAUUACUCGGGUCGAACGCUCUCUGGGGUCUUUCGUGUUCUGGACUACACUUUCCAGAGGCCUCCAGGGGUAACAUCACUUCCUUCUAAGGUGGUCGGCGCCGUUAUGCUGGAGCGAACUGCACAGCGCCCCGGCGGAGGAAGCGCGGCCCGUGGGUUCGCUCCGGUGGGGCGGGCCGGGAUCCUGACGCCAGAGAAGCUGAAGAGAUUGGUGUUGUUCAAAGAUGUGGCCGUAGACUUUUCCCAGGAGGAGUGGGAGUGCCUGGACUUGGAACAAAAGGACUUGUACAGAGAUGUGAUGUUAGAAAACUAUAGCAACCUGGUCUCACUGGCAGGAUUUUCCAUUUCUAAAGCAGAUGUGCUUUCCUUAUUGAAGCAAGGGAAAGAGCCCUGGAAGGUUGUGCAGGAUGUGUCAAGAAGUCAGAGUUCAGACUGGGAAUCCAGGUGUGAGACCAAAAAGCUGUCCUCAAAGAGAGGAAUUUAUGAAAUAGAAUCAUCUCAAUGGGAGAUAAUAGAACAGCUUACAAGACAUAAGUGUAAAAGUUUUCGAGAUAAUAGGGAAUGCAAAGACCAGGUUGAAAGCCAAUUAGGAAAUAAAGAGGGACUUUUCAGGCAACUAUUAAUCACUUGUAAAGAAAUUCCCAAUUUUAGCCAGACCACAUCCCUUACAUUAAAACAAAGAAUUCAUUUUCCUGAGAAAUCCUAUGAAUGUAAAGCAUGCAGAAAAUACUUUAUCCAUGGCUUUCAACUUACAGAACAUCAGCAAGAUCAUUCCGAUGAAAAAUUCUAUGAAUGUAAAGAAUGUGGAAAGGCCUUUAUUCAGAGCUCAGAACUUAUUUAUCAUCAGAGAGUUCAUGUUAAGAAACCCUAUGAAUGUAAGGAAUGUGGAAAAACCUUUAUUUGUGCCUCACAGCUUACUUAUCAUCAAAGAGUUCAUACUGGGGAGAAACCUUAUAAAUGUAAAGAGUGUGGGAAGGCCUUUAUUCGUGGCUCUCAUCUUACCCAGCAUCAAAGAAUUCAUACUGGUGAAAGACCCUAUGAAUGUAAUGAAUGUGGGAAGGCCUUUUUUCGUGGCUCUCAACUUACUUAUCAUCAGAGAGUUCAUACUGCAGAGAAACCCUAUCAAUGUAAAGAAUGUGGAAAGGCCUUUAUUCGUGGCUCCCAACUUACGGAACAUCAGAGAAUUCAUACAGGUGAGAAACCCUAUGAAUGUAAGAAAUGUGGGAAAGCCUUUAGUUAUGGCUCACAGCUUACUCUACAUCACAGACUUCAUACUGGCGAAAAACCCUAUAAGUGUAAAGAUUGUGAGAUGUCUUUUAUUCGUGGCUCCCAACUUACUGAACAUCAGAGGAUUCAUACAGGUAGGAAACCACAUGAAUGUAAGCAAUGUGGAAAGGCCUUUAACUAUGGCUCACAGCUUAUUCGUCAUCAGAGGAUUCAUACUGGUGAAAAACCCUAUGAAUGUCAAGAAUGUGGGAAAUCAUUUAUUCGUGGCUCACAACUUACCGAACAUCAAAAAAUUCACACUGGUGAGAAACCUUUUGAAUGUAAGGAAUGUGGGAAAGCCUUUAUUCGUGGCUCACAUCUUACUCAGCAUCAGAGGAUUCAUACUGGUGAAAAACCCUAUGAAUGUAAAGAGUGUGGUAAGGCCUUUAUUUAUAGCUCACAAUUGACUCAACAUCAGAGAAUUCAUACAGGUGAGAAUCCCUGUCAAUGUAAGCAGUGUGGGAAGAUCUUUAUUUGUGCCUCACAACUUACUCUACAUCAGAUUUCUCACUCUGGUAGGAAACCAUAUGAAUGUAAGGAAUGUGGUAAAGCUUUUAUUCGUGGCUCACAGCUAACUUACCAUCAGAGAGUUCAUACUGGUGAGAAGCCCUAUGAGUGUAAGGAAUGUGGGAAAGCCUUUAUUCGUGGUUCACAUCUUACUCAGCACCAGAGAAUUCAUACUGGUGAGAAACCAUACAAAUGUAAUGAAUGUGGGAAGGCCUUUAAUCGUGGCUCACAACUUACUCAACAUCAGAAAAUUCAUUCUGGUGAAAAGCCUUAUAAAUGUAAUGAAUGUGGUAAGGACUUUAGACGUCACUCACACCUUACCCAACAUCAUAAACUUCAUAAUUGAGAAAACACAAAUUUAUUAAAUCUUUUGUCUACCCAUUGGUACUCAGUUUUGGAAUAUCAGAUAAUUACAGAUUAUGGAGGUAGGAAUCUCUGUUUACUUUCACUUGUAGGUAACUCAGAAAAUUCAAACAAGGGAAGACUAGAUUAAUACAAUGGAGAAUCAGUUUCCAUCAUAUUUCAGUCUUUGUUAUA